AUGGUCUCUUUCAAGUACUCCACUAUCGUAGCUAUUGCUGCAUUUUUUGCGCAGAGCGCUAUUGCUGUUCCGUCGCCUAGUGUCGACGCUAACGGUGUUUAUGUUAAGCGUGCCGCGAGCUGCACGUUCCCCAAACCCCCCAAGACCUCGAGCUUGAGCGCCCCCAUGACUGUCAAGGGCACUUUUGACGGCGGGAACGUUCGCUACGACCGCGGCAAGGGUGCUUGCUCUGGACAAAAGGAGGGAGGUGACAAGGAUGCUGUUUUCCUCCUCGAGAAUGGCGCUACCCUCAAGAACGUCGUCAUUGGAGCCAACCAGGCCGAAGGUGUUCAUUGCAAGGGCUCCUGCAACAUCUACAACGUCUGGUUCGAGGAUGUAUGCGAGGACGCCAUCACCCUUCGCCAGACUUCUGGUACCACCAACAUUGUAGGCGGUGGUGCCAAAGGUGCAAGUGACAAGGUCGUGCAACACAACGGUGGAGGAACUGUCAACAUCUCUUCGUACUGCGUGGAGGACUUUGGCAAGCUCUACCGCGCAUGCGGCAACUGCAAGAAGCAGUACACGCGCACUGUCACUAUUACCGACGUCAUCGCCAAGAACGGCAAGCUCAUCGCUGGUAUCAACUCCAACUACAAGGACGUUGCGACUAUCAAGAACGUGAAGGCGACGAGCGUCAAGUCGAUGUGUGACACGUUCCAGGGCAACGACAGCGGCAAGGAGCCACCCAAGCUGACCUCGAACAAGUCGAACAACAGGUACGUCUCGCUUGCUUCUUCUUCUGAGAGCUUUAACUGA